UGGAGCCAGAAUAAGCAGGUGCUGGCGCGUGGGGGAUUGUGCAGCCUGCAGAGAAAGUCGGGCCUGAGCAAAGCGGGAGGCAGAGAGCGUGCCCAGCAAGGGACGUCCAGACGCUGCAGCCUUCGCGCCUGCCUCCCUUCACACCCGCCAGCACGCUUUUCCUCCCUGUGUUUUUUGGGUGGCGCUGGUCGGAAGGAGUGGAGCAAAGCGCCCCCUCGGCUCCUCCUGUCCUCCGAGGCCCCGAUUACGGAGGAGAAGAGCCACCACGCACUAGAGCCCUGCUGAGUGCCCUGCGCGGGAAACCGGCAGGAGGAGGGAGGGAGUGGGGCGGAGGCGUGUGCGCGGGAGGAGCAGGAGGCGGAGGGAGGCUGGAGGUGUGAGGCGGAGGGAGGGAGGGAAGGAAGGAAGGAGGGAGGAAAGAAAGAAAGAUGAGCGGGCGGCGCGGGGAGGCUUUCGGGUGAGCAGCAGCCGAGUAUGGACCCAAGCCUGGCAUUGGUAAGCCCCGCGUCUGCAGGUGGACGGUGUCUGAGGUGCUAGAGGCGACCGCCACGACAACGACCACCACCUCCUGUUCCUGUCGCUGCAGACCGUGCUUGGCCCCGCUGCUGCUGCAGAGGAGCGAGAGAGGGGCUCUCUUGCUGCUGCUAUAGACGCCGCCACUCCUCCUCCUCCUCCCCUCUUGCUGCUGCUGCUGCUACUGUGAAUGAUUGAUCUGCCAGCCUUGAGCCGGAGGAAGAUGCUCGCCCGCUGCAGAAACAGGGGUGACUGAAGCGGGGGGGGGGGGCACUUGCCCAGCCCCGCCAGGAGAAGGAGCAGCGCCCUGCCUUGCCUACGCUGCCUCCCUUCUCGGCCAUCUCCACCCCCGCGCCCCGUCUCCAUCUCGUCCUCGCAGGGGAUGCGCGGCCGGUGCCCAGCCUCAGCCGUCGUUCUACCGCAGCCCGAUGUCAGCGCCGGCGAAGCGGCUUCCCCUGCCUGCUGCUUGGGAAAAUGAAGCGACACCCCGCAUCCUGCUGCUGCUGCCGCCGGCGGGGGUGUUAGAGGGAAGGGCGGCGCGGAGCGCUGCGCACACCGCAAGCCCCAUCCCGCUCUGCACCUGAGGCGGACGGACCGAGCUUGAGGGCUCUUGGCUGCUCCAGGGCGUUUCGAGUGACUGUCGAAAGCAUAUGCGCGGCGGCGGCGGCUGUGGCUGCUGCUGCGGGGUUUCUAAUCCGGCCCCCUGCUAGAAGAGGCAGGCGAGUGCCUCCCCUUCUCCCUGCAGAAGGAGGGCUGGCUUGGUGCUGCUACUGCUUCUACCUCCUCCUUGUCCGCCGCCGCCCCCUGGCAGGGAGCUGGAGCUGCCCUGGACCUGGUGCAGCGCGUGCGGGGAAGACUGCCUCCGGGAGGAGGCUAUGGGGGAGAUGCUCUUCAGGCUGACUCCCUAGGCAGACUCCUCCUGAUCAGGGUUGUGGGGUGUGUGUGUGUGUGUGUGUGUCUUUUUCCUGGCUACGCUCCCACAUGCCUGUAGACUCUCGUGUUUAAAAAAUCCUGCUGAGAAGGAGCGUAGGGCCACCUGGCUUUCGUGGAAACACCUGGGAGCUACGAGGGGAGAGGCAGGAACCCAGACGGGAAAGGAGUGUCCAGCGUUGCUAAAGCGGCCGGGGUGCACUUGCGGCGUUGUCGAAGAGCGAGGGGAAAGCCGCGGAGCUAUUGGCCUGCUCAACAACUCACCCUGCACGUCUCCAUUUGGUCAUCAUGGGGGAGCAACCCAUCUACAGCACCCGAGCUCAUGUCUUCCAGAUUGAUCCUAAUACGAAGAAGAACUGGGUUCCCACCAGCAAGCAUGCUGUUACUGUAUCCUACUUCUAUGACAGCACAAGAAAUGUCUAUAGGAUUAUCAGCUUGGAUGGCUCAAAGGCAAUAAUAAAUAGUACCAUCACUCCCAACAUGACAUUCACAAAAACAUCACAGAAGUUUGGCCAGUGGGCAGAUAGCAGAGCAAAUACCGUGUAUGGUUUGGGAUUUUCCUCUGAACAUCAUCUUUCGAAAUUUGCAGAAAAAUUUCAGGAAUUCAAGGAAGCUGCACGACUAGCUAAGGAGAAAUCCCAAGAAAAGAUGGAAUUGACAAGUACACCCUCACAGGAAUCUGCAGGAGGCGAUAUUCAGUCUCCUCUUACGCCUGAGAGCAUUAAUGGGACAGAUGACGAAAGAACAACCCCAGAAGUGACACAAAACUCAGAACAAAGGGCUGAACCAACCCAGAAUGCAUUGCCAUUUGUGCAUAGUUCGGCAAUCAGCAAGCACUGGGAGGCAGAACUCGCCACACUCAAGGGUAACAAUGCCAAGCUUACAGCAGCUCUUCUCGAGUCCACUGCCAAUGUGAAACAAUGGAAACAACAGCUUGCCGCAUAUCAGGAGGAAGCAGAACGUCUACAUAAGCGGGUGACUGAGCUGGAGUGUGUUAGUAGUCAAGCAAAUGCAGUACACACUCAUAAAACAGAAUUAAACCAGACAAUACAAGAAUUAGAAGCAACUCUAAAGAAAAAAGAAGAGGAAAUAGAAAAACUGAGACAAGAAAUUGAUAAUGCUAGAGAACUCCAGGCACAGAGAGACUCUUUAACUCAGAAACUACAAGAAGUGGAAAUUCGAAACAAAGACCUAGAAGGACAACUGUCUGAUCUCGAGCAGCGUCUGGAGAAGAGUCAAAAUGAACAAGAAGCUUUUCGCAAUAACUUGAAAACACUUUUAGAAAUUCUUGAUGGCAAAAUCUUUGAACUAACAGAACUGCGAGAUAACCUGGCCAAACUAAUAGAAUGCAGCUAAAGAAAAUGAGAUCUCAGUGCCAACAUCUUAAAGAUGCACUGUCUCUCUUCAUAGGACUUUGUUGGGCUCUGCAUCAAAGUUGCACAAAAUUAGGAAAACACUCCCCCCGGAGGGCCUGUUUUAAAUUUUCAACAGUAUAUUUCAGUGUAAAAUUUUAGAAUUCAGCUUGUAGCUAGUUGGGGAAAAAAUAAAAGAACUUGAAUUACAAAUUACCUCCUUGUAUAUAAUUGGCCAUAGAUAACUCGAAAGAUAUUAACAGUAAUUGAAUGCAAUCCUUUUCUAAUUAUUAGCCAGUGAAAUAAUGAGAAGUGCCCCAAAUGACAUCCCUUUUGGUGUUAGACACAACAUAGACGAUCUGCUUUUUUUCUUUUUGCUUUUUUUCUUGGUUAAGGUACCUAACAGCUGUGUUUUGUGCAAGAACUUUUGUGAUGACAGCCUGUCUUUUGUUGUAAUCUUAAUAAUUUCUCAGGAUAUUUUGCACUGUUGAAAAACAGUGCAUUACCAAUUAAUUCUUGCCAGGAGUGAGAAAGAGUUUCAUCUUUAAUUCAAACCUAGUGAAUAACUGCUUGUAUAGAGUUCUUCCCUUUUUUAUACUGGAAGAGACUGUAUUUAUUUAUGAUGUUCACUCUGGGGUUCUAUAAUAUUGUCCAGUGUAUGGUUUACAUUUCCCUAUUUAAGUCUAUGUAUGUAGAAGUCCUGUAUUCCAUUUUGUUAUACAUCUUGAAGCCAAUCAACAAAGUCAGGUCAGUCCCACAAAAAUAUUUAAAGAUUUGCUAUAUGCAGAUAAGGAUCAAUCUAGUCUUAAGCAUCACACAGGUUUAAUAUUUAUUACUGGAAUAUGUUUUUAAAAUGUCAUUAGCAAGAAAUCUCUUCUGAAUAAUCCAAGCAGUUCAGAAUAGGUCACAUUGUGGAUACACAACUAUUAUCGCUAGGGCAUUCUCUUUAUGUUGACCUUGUUCAGCCAAAAGAGCUUUUUUCUCUCCUCAUUUUGAAGAAACUCUAUAAUUAUAAGAACCUGAAAUGGAGAUUUUCCCCGCCCCCCUCUCUCUGUUGAAUCUUCACAAACCACACCAGGCAAUAUUCUGAACUUCAAAACAGAAAUUGAAUUCAGUUCUCCUCAGUGAACAUGUUUUAAAGUUGUUUUUAUGUAAUUUACAAAGACUUUUUGCCAAACAUGUAUUUAUUUAUAUGAUGUGGUUUGUUUUUUUUUAAGGGAAAAAAAUUUGAAGGUAAGCCAAGUGUCAAAUGUCUCCUUACUGAAUGGGAACUGCAUUACGGGACAGUCUUGCUGUAAAUUGUCUAAUAUUGGAGAGGAUUUUUAAAAUAUGAAUGAAAAAGAAUCAAGACACAAAGAUGCACUGACCUUUUCUUUACAACCCCAGUUAAUUUGAAUGUUGAAUACAAAAUCCAGCUUGAAUAUAAACUCUGUACAAUAGACCAUUUUUCCACUGAAGGACUGCUAUUCAAAACUAGAUAAUAUAAGUCGGGUUUUUUAUGUGUGUACUCUAUGUAUAUACUGUAUAAUACACACAUUCUAAUUUGUAUUCAACAAGGGAGAAGUACAUGAUUUAAUUUCUAAAAUGCCAUUUUCUUUAUUUGUAAUUUAUCAGGUGUCCCCUGACAUGUCAGGAUUACUGUUUAGCUAAACACUCAAUUCAUCAUGUAUUAUGCUGUAUGUACUGUACACACUAUUUUUGUCCAUAUUUUAGGGUAUUUCAUCCCUUAUUUUAUUUAUUGGGGGGGAGGGGAUAUUUGUUCAUUGCACUCAUAGUUAGCAGCUUUCUAUGGUGUUUUUUAUUUUUACUUAAUAGCUCGAUGUUGAUGUGUAACUUUAUCAGGUCCAGGACAAUAGUAAUUACCUGAUUUUAAUUUACCUGGAGAAGUUUGUACCUGAUUCUCUUGCUACACGAGUGUCAACUGGAAACAUCUUCAGCAAAGUAUAAAAUUGGUGUAAUUGUGGGAGGAAUCAAGUAUGUUCAUGAUGAGUGUUCUUAUUAUAACAAGUUGGAACAGUAAUUUGAUGGCAAAAAAUGUAACAUUAUUUUUAAUGAGAUCAAAAUUUUUAAUACAGUGACAUUUACAUGUGGGAAAAUAGUUUACAAAAUAUUUCCACUUAAAUGCUGUGUAUAUGUGUGGUACAAGAAUAUUUCUUUGUAUACAUACACACAUAUAUGUAUAUACAGUACAUGGAAAAUUUAAAUGUGCACAUUUUUAAUAUUUUCCUAUUGAAAUUAAAUUUGAAAAUUGGAAAUCAAUAUUUGAGAAUUUUUUUUCUCAUGUAUACUAAGAUGCUUGACUUUGGGUUCUUUUGUUUGUAAAAAAUAAAAUCUAUGAGGGCUGCACCAUUGAUUUCCCAAAAAAAUCACCCAACAUGCAUAUGGGAUCAGGUGGACUUAAGUGCACAUAUAAAUAAAAUCCUAUUGUUAAGAAUAUUUUAAUGUUCAUUUACAGUAGGUGGAUGUUAAGAAAUUGUACUCUAGAAAUUGUACUCUAAUGUUCCUAAUUAGGUGGUUAUACCUACUCUAGCCUCUAUACUUCUGUAUUAAGAUAAUAGUUGGCAAAUGGGGGGAAAGUAAUUUUUUUCAGAAACAGGUGUUACAUAUUGUAUCUAUUGGAAGAGAAACUUUGGGAAUAUAUAUGCCAGAAAAUGAAUGUUGGGUACCGUAGACUAAAAAACGCAAACAAGAACUUACAUAGGAAAACAAUCACAUUGUGUAUAACUUGUUAUAUGACAACUAUGGAGUCUUGUUAAAAAAAAUCUUUUAAAACCCAACAAAAAAUACAAUUUUUAUUUUGAAAUACAAUUGCUGUUCUGGAGAAUGUACUUUACUCAAUUAUUUUUCUUCUUCUUUUACUCUUUUUAAGUAUUACAAAUUGUUCAAUGGAUGGCAGAAUUACCUUAAUCCUUCAGGUGCUACUGGAUUUUGAAUUAGAGUGUCAUGUUGUGAAAUUCUUACUUUGACAUAAAAAGGUUUUAUAAGUAUA